GAAAUAGAAUCUCACAAAGAGCGAGCGCUACACGUAUCAAUAUGUCAUCGCGAAUAAUAAGUCUAGCUGCUGCUUUCACACUCAAAAUUAAGUGUGGACUUUCACAUUUUGUGUGUAAAAAAAAAGAUAAAACAUUUUUGAAAACUGAAACAAAAAACCAUGAAAAAGGGCUUUCUUGAAUGAAUCAUGCUUCCUCAAAUCAAAUAAAUCUACAGCGAUGUAAGUCUUGAUUUUAGCUUUUCAGGUAAGACACACAAACUCACCUCUGAGCUCCAGAUUAUGGUAGUUUAUAAUUUAUAGCUUUAAAUAGGCAAGACUAAUAUCGUUUCGGUAUUCUGUAUUUGUCCCACUAAAAUUCUGAUUCCCUUCACCAUUGAAAAGAUCAGUAAAAGUUGUAUAAUCUUUGCCUAUAAGGUCGAAUUUUGUCUUCAGCCGCUGAUUUCCUUAUGUGGGCUUCUCUUUAAUUUAACUGGUUUGAGGAAAAUUAGCUCCAAAAAUUUGGAUUGAGUUUGUGAAAAAUUGGAAGUUGGUGAAGAAGAAUCCAUCCUACUUGAUACAAAAAACAUGGAUGAUGAUGGGGAGAUUGAGGUUACAAUACGCCCAAAUUCGGAUUGUUCAAGUAAUUUGCAAGCAUCGGUCUCAUCGGAUUCGUUUCUUGAUGAUUUGUUGAGGAAUUCAGAAAGCUGCAGCCACACUCACACUUGCAACCCGCCCGGCCGGGAUGCUGCACACACUCACACAUGUUACCACGCACACACUCGUGUGAUUCCACCCGAAGAUGUUGCAAACGAGAAAUCUAGGCCGAGGAGGGCUUCGGGGAACCGGGAGGCUGUUAGGAAGUAUAGGGAGAAGAAGAAGGCAGAAGCUGCUCAUUUGGAGGAGGAAGCUAAGAGGUUGAGGCUUAUGAACCAGGUUUUGAUGGGGAAGUUGCAGAGGCAGCCCUUUCUUGAAGCAGAGAUCUUGAGGCUUAGGAGCCUCUUGCUUGGCAUACGAGGGAGAAUUGACGAUGAGUUGCCCUCGCAGGCGGGAGGAGACUUGGGCUGCAGCCUCAUCUAUCCUGAAAAGCUUUGUAUGGUUAGAGAGUAGAGCAUGUGCAGUUUGCGUUUCAUGAGUCGUGCAAUCACUCUAUCUUGUUUAGAUUCAAGUAUUUAUCUUACUCGUCUUGUGUUUAUGUCUCUGGACUUCCAUUACUCAAGUGGGGAUGCUCGGCUUCGAUUGUUGCU